AUGAAAAUUAGUCGAUUGUUUAAGAAUUUUUAUUUUAAUUCUCAACGAAUUAAAUUUUCAUCAUUAUUUAUUGAUUCAACAAUAAUUCGGCGUGUCGAAUAUUGUUUAAAGAUGAUUUUAGCAUUUAUUAUUUCGGGAUUAAUUGCAUAUGGAAGUUCAUUACGUCAUUAUUUAGAUCAACAAUAUAUUCUAUGUGUUAUAAGCGUUUUAUCAGUACAAGAAACAGUUGGUUCAACAUUAUAUUCAUGUAUUCAAACAACAAUUUCACUUGUUCCUCUUUCAAUUCUACUUUUUCUUAUUCAACUUAUUGGUCUUUCAUAUCAUCAUUAUUUAGCAGCAGAAAUUUUAUUACUUACUUUAUCAUUUAUUAUUGCAUAUCAAUGCACUCAAAUUCAAACUCGAAAAAUGACUCUGUUAAUCAAUGCAUUGUUUUUUGCCACAGUUGUCAAUCAAAAUUCUUUACCAACAAUUUUCGUAUUUCUCCUACUCGCUUUAUUUCUAAUUGGUAUGAUAAUAUCCAUAUGUGUAUCAAUAUUAUUCUUUCCAUUAUUUGCAACAUUUGAUAUUGAACAUCGUUUUUCAUAUUGUUUAAAAAAUCUUCAAGGAAUGUAUUAUUUUAUAAUUCAAGCAUUUCUAUCAGAUGAUCGUAUGAGUGCAAAAGUUUCACUUUCACGUGCAUCUAUUCUUGAACAAAUGAUUCGACAAACAAUGAUUUUAAUGCAACCAAGAGUUACCGAGGCGAAAUAUGAACCAUCAAGAUUAUUACAAAAAAUAUUUUAUCGAAAACGUAAACAUAUUAUUGAUUUAAAUAUUCAAGAACAAGCUAAUUUAAUAAAUUCUUUAAUGUUUCAUAUAUGUUCUCUUCAAAUAAUGGUAAAUCAAUGUCAAUUUAAUGAAUAUCAUACUAAUUUAAGAAAUAAUCUUGAAUCAAGUAUUUAUUAUUUAAAUUCAUGUCAAUCAAGUCUUAUUUCAUCAUUUAUAUCAUCAAGAUCAAUAACAAAUAAUGAAUUAAUGUAUCGUUUAUUAAAUCUAACAAAAGCUGUGAAAUCAGUUCGUUUAUCAUAUAAAAAUAUUCGUUUUAUUUCUACGAAUAGUCUUGAAUCAACACAAAUCAAUCAAUCAGAAAAUCAUCUUUCUCAUGCAUUUUUUCUUUUUCAAUUAUUUUAUAUUGUUAGAAUAUUAACAGAAAUAACAACCGAUAGAAAAUAUGAAAAUAACAUAGAAAAUCAACAACGAAAUUUUUCUUUAAAACAAUAUUUUAUAUUUGAACGAUCAAGAUUUUUAUCAGCAUUUAAAUGUAUGAUUAUUAUUGGUGUUGGAUCAAUGUUUGUUAUGAUUCCAUAUUUAGCAAAAAUUUUUGAAAAUGGUCAAUGGGUUUUAAUUGCUCUUUGUAUGACACAAAGUGAUACUGUUGGAGGAGCAUUUACAACAAUGAAAAUGAGAUUAACUGGAACUCUUUUAGGUGCUAUGUGGUCAUAUAUAACAUAUUUAUUAGUUCAUGAUAAUAUAUUUCAAACAUUUCUUGUUUUAAUUCCAUGGAUAUUUUUAUUUGGUUAUUUAAGAUUAUAUCCUAAAUGGGCUUAUACAGCAGCUGUAGCUGCAAUUACUCCAGUACUUAUUAAUUUAGGUCGCUUACCAUAUGGUGAUAAAUUACCAGCUGGAAAUUAUGCACUUCUUCGUAUUGAAGAAAAUCUUGUUGGAAUAUUAAUUGCAAUUAUUUUAACAAUGACGAUUUUUCCUGUUUUUGCUAUUGAUUUAUUAAAAGAAAAUAUUCAAAAAAGUCUUCAAUCAUGUCGAGAAAGUGUUGAUUCAAUGCAUAAAGUUUAUGAUGAAUUAUUUCAUCAUCAACAUUUAGAAAAAGAUAUUUCAAUUUAUUUUAAUAAUAAAAAUCAAAUAAAACCAUUUCUUGAUAAACAAAGAUCAUAUUUUCAUCAAUUAAUAAGUAGUCAACGUAUUCUUGUUUCAAAUGCAUCAAUUGAACCAACAUUUUGUUGGUUUAAAAAUGGAUUUUCGUCAUCACGGUAUAAUUUAAUUGUUCAACAACAAAUUGAUAUAUUUAGAAUGUUACAUAAUAUUGAUGCUACCUUAAUAUGUUUAAGUGAAUGUUCAAUACAUAAUGAACAUGAAUUAGAAUUUUUAAAAAUUCAAGCAGCUGAUGGUUUAUUUCUUCCAAAUCUUCAUAAUGAAUUAUUUGAUUUAAGUAAACAAUUAAAUGAUUGUUUACAAAUUUGGUCAUAUUAUUUUAAAUUAAGUCAAACACGUUGUUAUUAUAUAACACGUGGAUUAAUUCCACAUCGAAUUGAAUUUAUCCAAAGUGAUCUAUUAAAACAAGAACAAUGUCUUAUUGAUUUGAAUAAAACAAUUCAUCGACUUGAAAAUAAACAUCAACAAGGAAUUAAUCGUUUAUUUGAUCAAUAUUUUCAGCAAUUUAAUCAUGAUGAAAAUUCAACAAUUAUCGUUUCAUAUUUACAAAAUCAACAAGCUGAUUUUAUUCUUCUUUCUCUAUCAGCUAUGUAUUAUUCAAUUACACAAUUAGCUUAUGCAGCAUUAGCUUUAGGCACAACAAUUCAUGAAGUUUUUGAACUUGAAACAACAGAUUUAUAUCAAGCUUUUUAA